AUGGCCAUCAAUUUCAGUCUGCAUACCAGAGCAGAUGUUGACACUCAGGCCAUAUUCCAGGGACGGCAGCAAAGAACGGGUCAUGCCAUCAGCAAUGAUAUCUCAUUCGGCCACAAUGUCAAUGCUCCAAUCACUCUCCCAUUAGCAGAAAGGGAGCGCCUUAGGCAAGAUCCUGUUCUUCUGGAGGUCGAAGAAGAGCGCAAACAGGCUAUAAAUCAGUUAGCAAAAUUGAAAGAUAGCAAAGAAAAUGUUGUAGCGCGGGGCGAUGUCAUGCACCAAAGUUGA